AGUCUAGUAAUGAAGAGGAGCAACUGCUUAUUUUAUAUGUACAUUUUACGUGAUUGCAGUUUGAAUGUAUGAAUUUUAGUAGAGUAUUUUCUAAUUUUGAUUAUGCUUAUUUAUUUAUUUAAGUAAGCAUUUCUUUCCAACUAAAUAGUUCAUCUUUAAAACAGACUGACUUAAAGUUGUCCAGGUCUAACAGGCUUAAUCGUGCUGUGAUCUCAGGACGUGGGGUUUAUGAUGUUGGACCUGUGCUGGUUUUCUUCCCUCUCGUGCUUCUGCAUGUGGAUGUCGCUCGUUCGGUGCAGCAUUCAAUAUAAUAUCCCGGGAGACGCCAGACAUGCCAUUGCGCACGCGCAGCGUAGUCAUCUGACAGAUGAGCGCUUUGGACGUUUCGCAGCACCGCUACAUCGAGGGCCACCGCUGGGAACACAGAGCAGGACACAGACUCCAUGAGGGACCGUCUCCUGCAAGAAUAAAAGGACUCGUCAGACGGAGAGCACCCUGCAAGAACACCCGCGGGUUUGGAGGUUUGCAAGCGCUGAAAAUUCAGUGUAAAAUGUAGCCAGCAGCGCUGGUGAGGGGUCGCUGUAAUUUCUCGGGGGCUGCAUGGCUCUUCCCAGGGAUGCCAUGAAAAUCAGAGCAGCCGAGUGACUGAGAGACCGCUGCUCCUCGUUAUCGCAGACACGCGGCGGCGACGGUGGAGGAGGUGAGCGAUGGAUCCUCGCGGAAAGAUCUACACGAGGUAGCGCUUACGAAGAUCCAUCCAGGGAGAGCUGAACGUCUCUGUCGCGCAGUGUAGCCGUGUAAAGGAUGGAUUUCAGCCUGCUCCGGAAUAUCAUCAGCAGAUACUGUGUCGGGGAGGAGAUCUGGGUGGACAGUCGGACGGUGUAUAUCGGGCAUAAAGAACCCCCUCCAGGAGCUGAGGCGUACAUCCCUCAGCGUUAUCCCGACAACCGCAUUGUGUCCUCCAAGUACACCUUCUGGAACUUCAUUCCCAAGAACCUGUUUGAGCAGUUCAGAAGAAUCGCUAACUUUUACUUUUUGGUCAUAUUUUUGGUUCAGCUCAUCAUCGACACCCCCACCAGCCCAGUCACUAGUGGCCUGCCCCUCUUCUUUGUGAUCACGGUCACCGCCAUCAAACAGGGCUACGAGGAUUGGCUCAGACACAAAGCUGACUGCUCUAUAAACGAGUGUCCGGUGGACGUGGUGCAGCAGGGGAAGGUGGUGAGGACACAGAGUCACAAGCUACGGGUGGGGGACAUCGUUGUGGUGAAGGAAGAUGAGACGUUCCCCUGUGACCUCAUUCUUCUCUCCUCUAGCCGCCCUGAUGGGACCUGCUUCGUCACCACCACCAGCUUGGACGGGGAGUCUAGUCAUAAGACCUAUUAUGCUAUACCAGAUACCAUGGCCUUUAGAACAGAGCAGGAGGUGGAUUCGCUACAUGCCACUAUUGAAUGUGAACAACCGCAGCCUGACCUCUACAAAUUUGUGGGACGUAUCAAUAUUUACAAGGACAAAGAAGAGCCUGUGGCGAGACCACUUGGAGCUGAGAAUUUGCUCCUUAGAGGAGCCACGCUGAAGAACACACAGCAUAUUCACGCUGUUGCAGUCUACACUGGCAUGGAGACCAAGAUGGCACUUAAUUACCAGUCUAAAUCUCAGAAGCGCUCUGCUGUGGAAAAGUCGAUGAAUGCCUUCCUCAUAGUGUACUUGUGCAUCUUGAUCAGUAAAGCGGUAAUCAACACUGUUCUGAAGUACGCUUGGCAGUGGUCGCCCGAUCGAGAUGAGCCCUGGUACAACCACAGGACUGAGCACGAGCGUCAGCGCCAUGUGGUGAUCCGAGCCUUCACAGACUUCCUGGCCUUCAUGGUUUUGUUUAAUUACAUCAUCCCGGUGUCCAUGUAUGUAACGGUGGAGAUGCAGAAAUUUCUUGGCUCCUAUUUCAUCAGCUGGGACGAGGAGAUGUUUGACGAGGAGCUGGGAGAAGGCGCUCAGGUGAACACCUCGGACCUGAAUGAGGAGCUUGGACAGGUGGAAUACGUGUUUACUGAUAAGACGGGCACUCUAACUGAGAACAACAUGGAGUUUAUCGAAUGCUGCGUUGAUGGGAACGUCUAUAUCCCGCAUGCGAUCUGCAAUGGCCAAAUCCUCAGCGCCGCGUCAAGUAUAGACAUGAUUGAUGCCUCACCUGGUGGCUACAGGAGAGAAUAUGAGGAUUUGUUUUUUCGGGCGCUGUGUCUGUGCCACACGGUGCAGGUGAAGGAGGAGGAGACGGUGGAUGGCAUCAAGAGGGGCAUCCACCAGGGCAGGCCCACCUCCUUCUACAUCUCUUCCUCACCAGAUGAGGUAGCUUUGGUCGAGGGAAUGAAAAGGCUCGGUUACACAUAUCUAAGACUGAAGGACAACUACAUGGAGAUCCUCAACAAAGAUGACGAGAUUGAAAGGUUUGAAUUGCUCCAUGUACUGAACUUUGACUCUGUCAGGAGGAGAAUGAGCGUUAUAGUCAAGUCGAGCUCAGGAGACUACCUGCUGUUCUGUAAGGGUGCUGACUCAUCCAUUUUUCCACGGGUGGUCUCGGGAAAGGUGGAACAAGUUAAAGCCCGGGUGGAACAAAAUGCAGUGGAAGGGCUGCGAACUCUGUGCGUCGCCUAUCGAAGGCUCUCGGAGUCUGAAUACCAGGAGGCGUGUCAUCACCUGAUGGAAGCCAAACUGGCCCUGCAGGACAGGGAGCAGAGGCUGGCUCAGGCCUAUGACAUCAUCGAGAGAGACUUUGUUCUUCUGGGCGCUACAGCAGUGGAGGACAGGCUCCAGGAGAAAGCAGCAGACACUAUUGAGUCACUGCACAAGGCUGGGAUGAAAGUUUGGGUCCUGACGGGGGACAAGAUGGAGACGGCGGCGGCUACUUGCUACGCCAGCAAGCUGUUCCGUCGCACCACCCAAAUCCUGGAGCUCACCAAGAAACGCACGGAGGAGCAGAGCCUUCACGAUGUGUUGUUUGAACUCAACAGGACUGUUCUCAGACAGCGCUCCAUCUCUGGCUUGUCCGUAGACUGCCUCGACUUUGGCCUCAUUAUCGACGGGGCCACUCUUUCUGCAGUAUUGAAGCCCAACCAGGAGGGUGCAGGCCACGGCAAUUACAGAGAGAUCUUUCUAGAGAUCUGUCGUAACUGUAGCGCCGUGCUCUGCUGUCGCAUGGCACCUCUGCAGAAAGCACAGAUUGUGAAGCUGAUUAAAGCCUCCAAGGAGCACCCCAUAACCCUCGCUAUUGGCGAUGGAGCCAACGAUGUCAGCAUGAUCUUGGAAGCACAUGUGGGAAUUGGUAUCAUGGGUAAAGAAGGUAGGCAAGCAGCAAGAAAUAGCGACUACGCCAUCCCGAAGUUUAAACACCUGAAGAAGAUGCUUCUGGUCCAUGGCCAUUACUACUACAUCCGAAUUGCUGAGCUCGUUCAGUACUUCUUCUACAAGAAUGUAUGCUUCAUCUUCCCUCAGUUCCUCUAUCAAUUCUUCUGUGGAUUCUCCCAGCAGCCUCUGUACGACACGGCGUAUUUGACGCUUUACAACAUCAGCUUCACCUCCCUCCCCAUUCUCCUGUACAGCCUGGUUGAGCAGCACGUCAGCAUGGACACACUGAAGAGAGAGCCCUCCUUGUACAGGGACAUUGCGAAGAACUCCCUCCUCCGCUGGCCUGUCUUUCUCUACUGGACAUGCCUGGGUGUGUUUGAUGCUGUUGUCUUCUUCUUCGGUGCCUACUUCCUGUUUGACAACACCACCUUCACCAGCAACGGCCAGAUGUUUGGGAACUGGACGUUUGGGACUCUCAUCUUUACUGUUCUGGUGUUCACUGUAACACUAAAGCUUGCCUUGGACACACACCACUGGACCUGGAUUAAUCACUUUGUCAUCUGGGGGUCGCUACUUUUCUAUGUUAUUUUCUCUCUUCUCUGGGGUGGGAUCAUUUGGCCCUUCCUGAACUACCAGAGGAUGUACUACGUGUUCAUGCAGAUGCUGUCCAGCGGUCCGGCCUGGCUCAGCAUCAUCCUCCUCAUUACAGUCAGCUUGCUGCCAGAUGUCAUCAAGAAGGUCCUCUGCAGGGCCAUGUGUCCCACAGCCACUGAACGUGCACAGAGGGUAAGGACAGUGCAGGUUCUGGAGGACGGCCUGGCUCCUGGCCCUGCUGGUGGAGGUGGAGGCCGUGAAAGGGACCCACUCCACCCUGAUAGGACCUGUGAAGGAGACAGUGGAGAAAAAGCUGCUAGAAGCUAUGACUCCUUGGAUCAUCAGAAGCUGUUGCCGGGUAGCGUGGCGGACGUGACUCCACUGUCCUUUUGUCGAUCCUGCAAAGGCACGAGCGCGGACUCCUCUCACCUCCACCUUGGCACCGCAGAGUCACUGUCGCUCUGCAGGUCUGACCCUCUACCCCAGAAACUCCUGGCCCAUUUGGCAGAGGGCGGAGGGACAGACUUGUGUCCUCUCAGCCCUUACAUGCUCCGUCUCUCUGGGGCAGGGUUCGCCUACUACGCUCCUGGGCCGGAAACCUCAGUGUGAACACAGAUGCAGACUCUGAAGCUUCUGCAUCUCAGAGAUCCAUGAAUAACACAGCGCAGACAUGUUCAAACACAUCUGAAGCAUGGACACUCCAUGCUGAGUUCACCAUGUGCAUUUUUGGGCUACACCUGAGUGAAAAACCCUUUAGAUAGUAUUGCCCUUACUCCUAAUUCACAUACUUGUCUCAUUUUUUUUUCUUUCCUUUUUUUUGGUUCAAUUCAGCAAAUUCCCUGCUCAGACUCUUACUUGAAAAAGUUUAUGAGCAAAAGGAGAACCAUGUGCGAAAAUGCUUCUCACACUGUGGAGCUGUGCUGUUUGGACUGUUGAACCUUUUUGUAUUUCUUCGUCUUUUCAGUCUGACACUCUUGCCUGUUCCUCCACCUUUGCGUCCCCUUUUUUUGCUUCUUUGUAAAUGUUUGUCAGAAACAUUUAUGUACAUUUUGUGGUCUGGCCAAGUAAGGGGGAUAGCCUUCAAGCUCAGCCCUUUAGGUGUGCGUGCGUGUGCAUGUGCGUGAGAGUACGCAUGAAUUUUGCCUGUUUAUUGUAUGUUUGUAUGUGACACACCUUUGCCUUACAGGUAACAACACAGCAGCAGGCUAGAAGUCAAAGGAGAAAGGUGUUUAGAUUUAGAAAAACUGAAAAAAAAGAAGCAGAAGUGGUGUUUUUACAAAGCCUUACACACAACCAUCAGCUGAAGGAGAGAGGCGGGGGAAAUCUGAAGAGGGAUGUGCAGUAUUUUAGCCACCCUGCCUUAAUUCAUAGAUGCCCUUUUUUUUCCCCUUUUAAACUGAUUACAUUUGGUCACUUUAAACACAUUUGUGAGAGUACAAGCAGGUUCAAAGAGCAGAGAUAUAAAUAUAUAUAUAGUACAAUGAGUCUAUUAUUCCUCUUACUUUCUUUUACCCUCACAAUCGUGUCGAGCUUUGUUUCCCUUAUCUGUCAUAGCAUGUCAGAUCUCUCUCUGCAUGCUGAUUUAUUCUUCUCUCAGUUGUUCCACAUCCCUCUUUGUCCCAGACAUCAUUCAUCACCAAACCUUUCACGGUACUUGUGGGUUUUUUUUUUUUUUCCUUUCCCCUGAACAGUUAGCAAAACUGCACCCUCUCCUGCCACCACGUGGUUGUGCAGGGUAACAGCAGCAGCCUGGGACUUGUUUGGGUAUUUGUUUGUGGAUGUCCUAAAUGACUUGCUACUCCUCCCUGUUGCAUUGUGCUCGUGUGUUUGCUGCUGUGCUCCGUGUUAUGCAAAAGUUAACGUAAGAAUGCUAAUGUUGUCACGUUAUAAGGGGUUGUCUCUGUGUCACAUAAUUCCAUGAUGCUUUGUUUUUUUUGUACUGUUCUAAAAUUGAUGUCAGUCACUAUUGAUGUGUGGAUGUAAAUUUAAAAAAACAAACAAUGUUGAUCUAUAUUGUGGUGAGAAGGGGUGAUGGAUAGAUUUAAUUUGUUGUAAGAAGAUGGGAGACUUGAAUCGGCGAUGUCACAAUCAAAUCAAUGAGAAUGUUGAACUGAUUUGUCCAUCACGUCCUCCAGCUGAAGAUUGUAGCUCAUUUUUGGUGAACCUCUUUUUCUGCAUUUCUAAAAAUCUGAAUUUUUUUUUUUUCAUAUUUGUUGGGUUACAUAGCAAGUUACUGACUCUGGAAGUCAUGAAUGUGAGAUUCUCUUU